AUGAAUGUAUAAGUGACUCCUCCUCGCCUUGAUGUCGCGUCCCUAUAUUAAUUGAAUGCCUGCAGGCGAAGAAGACGACGGUAGUUCGUGUACCCGCUGCUUAUCACAGUCUGUACUUAACUUCUGAAUUGUUAUUUUUUAUAACUUUUUAUCAGUUAGUUGUUUUUUUGGUGUGAGGAAUCCCUGCGCGAUCAUGAAUCCGCCCUGUGGAAGAUGCAAUAAGCCAGUUUAUCCCACAGAAAAAAUAAAUUGCCUUGAUAAGUAUUGGCACAAAGGUUGUUUCAGCUGCGAGGUAUGCAAGAUGGCCCUGAGCAUGACGACCUACAAAGGCUUUGAGAAGAAGCCUUACUGCAGUAUGCAUUACCCCAAAACCUCCUUCACCAUAGUGGCCGACACCCCCGAGAAUCUGCGUCUCAAACAACAGAGCAUGCUCAACAGCCAGGCGCUCUAUAAGGAGGACUUUGAAAAGAACAAGGGGAAAGGUUUCAGCGUGGUGGUCGACACUCCGGAGAUGCAGAGAGUGAAGAAGACACAAGAUCAGAUCAGUCACGCUCUUUACAAGGAGGACUUUGAAAAGAACAAGGGGAAAGGUUUCAGCGUGGUGGUCGACACUCCGGAGAUGCAGAGAGUGAAGAAGACGCAAGACCAGAUCAGUAACAUAAAGUACCAUGAAGAUUUUGAGAAGAGCAGGAUUCGAAGUGACGCACCUCCUCCUGAGAACAGACAAGACUAUGAGGAACAACCAUCCAACCCUGAGAGAUUCAGUCAGCCGGUCGGGCAGAUGCGUCCUGCUGCUGUAGCACCACCUGGUGGAGGGAAACGUUACCAGGCCGUGUACAGCUAUGCGGCAGCAGAGGCAGAUGAAGUUUCUCUGCAGGAAGGCGAUCUGCUCUUAGACGUGGAGCCGAUAGAUGAAGGGUGGAUGUUCGGAUGCAACCAGCGCACGGGGCAGCGGGGCAUGCUCCCGGCCAACUACGUCCGACCCGUGUGAAACAAACAGACACAAGGUGGCCCUCCUCCAGCAUGAGAUGCCCUGUGACUCUGCUGUCACCAACAAUCAGGCAUCUUCUCUAAAUCAGCUUUUGCAAAUGAAAAGAAAUAUUCCCCCAACUGGUUCAGCUUUGCCUUUUUUUUUUUCUUCCAGAGAUAUGAUUUUGAAAUAUAAGUAAAGAAGAGGUAGUGGUGUGGUCAUAGGUUCUUGAAAAAUGAGAUUAGUCAGAGUGAGAUUUCACUUAAGGGAAGAGCAAUGAUACUAAAGAUUGAAGUGUCUGUAACAGAAACUCACAAAAGAGGAAGUAAGAGAGUAAAGCAGAGGUAAUAAAUUCACAAAACGGAAGAAAUGUUAAACCUACAGCUUUUUAACAAUACUUCUCAUUUACUUUUUUAAUCUCUCAGGAAACUUUCAUCUUUAUGGACAUGUCCUUCAGCAGUAAAGUGCAUUCCU